UUCAAGCGAUAGUGUUAUCGUUGCUCGCUCAACACAACCUUCGGAGCUUCGGAGGCCAGUGACCAACCCUCCCGGGUGCAGCCUCGGAGCCUCCGCGGGUCCCCGGGCCGGAGCAUGCGGCGGCAGGGGCGGGUCUUCCUCAGUGUGGUGUCCGCCUGGAGCCGCCCCCCGCUCGCUCCCCGGCUCCUGGCUGCUCAGUCGCACGUGCGCUCCCUCCGUCGCUCCUCCGCUGCUGCAGCAAACAUGGCCGAGGAGGCGAAGAAACUCGCUGCCUACGCUGCUGUCGACAACCACGUCCAGAACAACCAAGUGUUGGGAGUCGGCAGUGGAUCAACCAUUGUUUAUGCCGUCAACAGGCUGGCUGAGAGAGUGCGUCUGGAGAAGCUCAACAUCGUGUGUGUGCCAACUUCCUUCCAGGCUCGUCAGCUGAUCCUGCAGCAUGGACUCACGCUCUCAGACCUGGAUCGGCAUCCGGAGCUGGACGUUGCCAUCGACGGGGCCGAUGAGGUUGAUGGAGAUCUGACGCUGAUCAAAGGAGGAGGAGGCUGCCUGACCCAGGAGAAGAUCGUCGCCGGCUGUGCCAAGCGCUUCAUUGUGAUAGCAGAUUACAGGAAGGACUCCGUGUCUCUGGGCCAGCAGUGGAAGAAGGGGGUUCCUAUCGAGGUGAUCCCCAUGGCCUACGUCCCUGUUUCAAGGGUGAUCGCACGACGGUUCGGAGGCGAGGCAGUGCUGCGCAUGGCCGUCAGCAAAGCCGGUCCCGUGGUCACGGAUAACAGCAACUUCAUUCUGGAUUGGAAGUUCGAGAGUGUUGAGAACUGGAGGGAGGUGAACACUGCCAUCAAGAUGAUCCCUGGUGUGGUGGAGACGGGACUUUUUGUUGGGAUGGCGGAGCGCGCUUACUUCGGGAUGGAGGACGGAAGCGUGCUGACGCGAGACGCUUCGGUAAACUGAGUCCGUUUGCUUCGUGGAGGACCGCCGCCUUGCCACAAGUGCCCAGGUCAUCACAGAGAUUCAUGAGUUCUACCUCUUGUUGACCUUCUGUGGACCAAACGGAUGUCGCCCUGCAGGUUGCCUGACUCCAUCACUGUAAAGCAAAAUGAAAUGUGCCUUCAUCUUCUACAUUCAACAGGCCUCAUGUAGUCUUCACUGAAACCAAGUUAGGAUUGAAACUCUGGAGCUUGUUUAGAACCGGCCUUUAAAUGGAAACAUUGAAAUGGACAAGCGGAGCGAAAUUUGAAGUUUAUUCUGAGCACAGAUAUAUUGAAGUGUUUUCCAUCCGACGGUAGCAGCAGUUUUCCUCUGUCAUUCAUUCUUUCCAUGACUCAUCGAUGUGAAGGAAAAGUCACUUUCAAAACACGUUCCAGCCUUUACUGAUGCACUGAGAUUGUGUGAGAUGGUUCACCUUUAAGAAACUUUGUGUUCACUGAAGUACAGAGACGUGUGGAAUCGUUCAUUCCAACUGCAGUCAUUCCAUUACCACGUAUGUCUUGGGUAUAGUGUCACAACCACUCGCCUAGUUUGUGCCUUGACCUGCAUCAGUUGCUCACACAGGUCUGAAUCUUUCUUCAUGUACCGAGGCAACAUUCUGUUCCAUUCAGUUAAAUGUUGUUUUGAUUCACGUGUGCUUGGAUAACAACACGUCUUCAGCCCAUGACUCUGAUCUGGUUUUCAUUCGAAGGUGCCGCUUCUGUUGGCCAAUACAGCCACCAAUGUUCCGCAACUCCCCUGUGUGUUUUCUGUCCUCUCCAGGAAGCAGAAGUCACAAGUUACAAACUCUGGUCAACACUGUCGACUGUUGCAUGAAAUAUAACAUAUUGAUAUGAAAGGAUAGACGACGUUUCUACCGUGUUUCUUUCAAUCUGUCGAAUAAAACCGUUAAUACCGCAUAUCCUAAGCACGCGUUUUUGUACCGCAAGGUGGCGCUAAAUAUUUGUCCUUCCAUCAAUGAAAAAUUAAAACUUCAUUUCAAAA